CACCGGCACAAAUAUUCACUCGCCCGUCGCGUUUCAGCACCGCCCUUGUCGCCGCCGUCGUGAUGCUCUUCUGUCGCUCCUCCAGCGGCUGCGUUUUCCUCUUUCACUAAUAUACCUCAUCCGCUGCCGCUUCAAUGUCCGCCGCCCCUAGAGGCCUCUUCGCCCGCAUCCGCACUCUCUGCUCCAGCUUUAGGAUCGAGGCGCAGCGCCACCGGAGCUUCAGUGACCUCCCCCUCGUCGUAGAUGGUGAGAUUGAUGCCGUGCCUCGGAUCAUCGAGGCGAAGGCCAGUGUGAUGACUCCCGACUCGAGAAGGACCGGCGUCAUCGCACUCAAAUGCGGUAUGACAGCUCUAUGGGACAAGUGGGGAGCUAGGGUUCCGAUCACGGUUCUUUGGGUGGACGAUAACAUCGUUUCCCAGGUUAAGACCGUCGAGAAGGAGGGAUUUUUUGCUCUUCAGAUUGGAGCUGGACAGAAGAAGGAGAAGCAUUUGACUAAGGCCGAAGUGGGACACUUCAGAGCUCAAAAUGUUCCUAUGAAGAGGAAACUGAAAGAAUUUCGGGUUACAGAGGAUGCACUUCUUCCCGUUGGUACACAAAUUUCAGUCCGUCAUUUUGUUCCUGGACAAUAUGUUGACGUGGUUGGCAUUACGAGGGGUAAAGGCUUUCAGGGUGGAAUGAAAAGGUGGGGUUUCUCCGGUAUGCCUGCAUCCCAUGGUGCAUCGUUGUCUCAUAGAAGCUUAGGGUCAACUGGCCAGAGGGAUGCACCAGGAAAGGUUUUUAAAGGGAAGAAAAUGCCUGGACGAAUGGGUGGAAAGCAAUGUACUAUGAAGAAUGUGUGGGUAUACAAAAUAGACCCAGCCAGAAACUUGAUGUGGGUGAGAGGCCAGGUGCCUGGUGCUGAAGGAAACUUCGUCUUCAUCAAAGAUGCUGUAUACAAGAAGCCGGUCAUAUCUACGCUACCAUUUCCGACCCAUUUUUCCCCUGUUGAUGAAGAUCCAUCCACACUAGAACCAAUAGUGGCUGAUCACGGAGAGGACGAUCCUUUCAUGGCGGCAGAUUAACUAUUCCUUCCUCAGAUUUUCCUUUAGUAAGAUGUGCUCCAGAUAGUGAUAAAAGCUUUAAAAGAUUUUGAGUAGUGAUUGUUCCUUCACUAAGGCCUUUGGGUUCAAGGCGUUUCUUUUUUAUGUAUGUUUUUUUUGGCUUCUGGAAAGGAGAAAAAGGGAUUGCAACACGCUCAUCGCCCAUCACUUCUAUUGUAGCCAAAGGAAUGUGUCGUAAUAAUUCCUCCGUGACUUUAUACGUUAUUGAAAGUUCAUUCAUCAUGGCAUUUGAAUAUUAUAUUUGCACUUC